AUGGGUCUCUCUUCAGAUUCUCCCCAAGGAGCUGUGACCGAGGCAAGGUCUAUGACUGGAGAGUCACGUUCUCCGCAUUUGACAGAUGACCGACAGCCCAAUGUUGUCGAAGUCGACGAGGAACCCAAGCGAGAUGAUACCAAAGAUGUGAAAGAGCAAUCUGCGUCCCUUGGUGGUUAUUUUAGGAUUCUUUCCUACCUGACCACCAAAGAUCGCAUGGUUUUGAUAGUCGCUCUCAUAUGCUCCAUGGCCUCCGGUGUCCCAUUGCCUAUCAUGAAUAUCGUUUUUGGUGAGCUGGUCGGUAGCUUCAGCGAUUAUUUUCUUCCCGAUUCAACAACGAGCGAAAGCGAAUUCAAAGCUUCCGUUAAUCGACUGAGUCUCUAUAUCGUCUACCUCUUCAUCGCGAAGUUCGUCUUGACAUACUUUUCAAUGGUAUGCCGGAAUACCCCAAUGAAACUGCGCCUUCGAGUUUCAGCGGCUUUACGACUUGAAUAUAUGGGCUCGCUCUUCGCCCAGCCUUUAAGCAAACUGGACCAAAUAUCAGUCGGCACAGUUGUCAAUGCUAUCACGACUUCCUCCAACUCCAUUCAGCAAAGCAUCUCCGACAAACUGGCCAUUUUAUUCCAAUCCCUCGCCCUUUUGAUUGCCGCAUACAUCAUAGCCUUCAAGUAUUCGUGGGCCCUGACCCUUGCGACUAGCUCCGCUAUACUCUUCAUUCUGAUAGUAUGCUGUCUGACGUUGCCCGCGAUUUCCAAGAUCCAGCAAAACGUGGAUAAAGCAGAUGAAAAACACUCGGCAAUCGCGGCAGAAGUUUUUGGUUCCAUUCGAACAGUCAUCUCACUGGGCGCCGAGGCACCGUUAGCCACAAGAUAUCGUCAAUGGGUCGAAGAGUCUCGGAAAAGAGGAAUGAGCUUGUCGGUCAUUAUGGGGCUUCAAUUUGGUCUUCUCUUCUUUGCCAUGUACGCCAGCUACGCGUUGGCGUUCUGGCUGGGGUUGAGACUGUUUCAACAGGGUCACAUACCGAACAUCAACACAGUCAUAACUGUAUUCUUUUCGGUCAUGAUUGCAGUGAGCGUACUAGGAAGUAUCGCAUCUCCAUUAAUAAUGGUCUCCAAAGCGGCCAGUGCAGCGGCUUCCUUUUUUGAGAUAAUCGAUUCGGAAAGAAUUGCUUCUGGUGGAGACCGCGAUGCAGCUGCCCUCGGCUCAGGAGAUAUAAUCUUCCAGGAUGUGCAAUUUUCAUACCCUUCUAGACCGGAUACCCAAGUUCUCAUGGGUCUCAACGCUCGUUUUGAGAGAGGCAAGACAACCGCAAUAGUUGGCCCAUCAGGAUCAGGUAAAAGUACUAUUGUCGCACUCACAGAGAGAUGGUAUUCUCCAGAACAAGGAAGCAUUUCAGUGGGCCAGCGCAAUAUUGAGCAGCUGGAUCUCAAGUGGUGGAGAUCUAACAUUGGGCUUGUGCAACAAGAGCCGUUCUUAUUUAAUGAUACGAUUUUCAAGAACGUCUCUUUCGGAUUAGUCGGUACCAAAUGGGAAGAUGAGCCUGACUCAGUGAAAGCCGGAUUAGUGGAGAAUGCGUGCAAAGAAGCAUUUGCUGAUGAGUUCAUCGAUCGGCUGCCUAAGGGGUACGAGACGCUUGUUGGUGAGAACGGCACGAAAUUAAGCGGAGGUCAGAAACAGCGCCUGGCUAUAGCGCGAAGUAUCGUCAGAGAGCCUACUAUUCUCAUUCUGGACGAGGCCACUAGUGCGAUUGAUGUUCGGGGAGAGAAGAUAGUUCAAGCAGCCCUCGAUCGGGUCUCUAGGAACCGAACUACACUUGUGAUUGCUCACCGAUUAUCCACCGUUCGGCGAGCUGAUCGAAUCAUUGUUCUUCGUGGCGGUCUGAACGUUGAAGAAGGGACUCACGAUGAUCUUCUUGCUGUGGAGGACGGCCUUUAUCGGGGUCUGGUAAAUGCACAGAGACUUGAACUCGCUGAAGAUGAUGAAAAUGAUACAGUGGAGACCAUAGAAGCUUUGAAAGAGGACCUUGAACACUAUGCGACUGCUACUGCCGAAGACUCGCAAGAUGAGACCAAGAAAACUAAAAAGCGUGGCUUCUUUACCAGCAUGGGACUUUUGAUGUAUGAGGCCCGUACUCAUUGGCCAUUCUUCCUCCUAUCACUACUCGGUGUUUUGGGUGCUGCCUCCGCAUACCCUUUACAGAGUUGGCUUUUUGCAAAGCUUAUCGAUGUGUUCAGCUUUAGAGGCCAGAAACUGACCGAUGCCGCCAAUUUUUGGUCGCUGUGGUUCUUUAUCUUGUCUCUCGGAAUUGCCGCCUGUUAUUCAGCGGUUGGCUUCGCGACCAGCAGACUCGCAACUGAAAUGUCUUCCACUUGCCGGACGCAAUAUUUUGAAAGCAUUCUGAAAAAGUCCGUUCCAUUCUAUGAUCUGAACGACAAUGCCUCCGGGUCGCUCGUUUCGCGCCUGGCAACCGAUCCCAAGCAGAUCCAAGAUUUGAUCGGGGUAAAUGGUGUUUUCCCAGUCAUCUCACUCUGCAGCAUGAUAGGCUGCAUCGCGAUUGCCUUCUCUUUUGGGUGGAAAUUAUCUCUCGUGGCUACGUUUGCUGCUCUUCCCUUCGUUUUCCUUGCUGCAUUUAUGCGCAUUCGUUAUGAACUGGAGUUUGAUGCGAUGAAUGCUGCUGUUUACUCCGGUAGCUCCCAGUUCGCAGCAGAAGCUAUCGAGGCAUUUCGCACUGUCUCAGCACUGACAAUGGAGGAUUUCAUUUUGAAAAGAUACUCGAACCUUCUGCAAGAGCAGCAAAAGAAAGCUUUUCGCAAAGCAUGGAUCGCUACUCUCGUGUUUGCCUUCUCUGAUAGCGUGGAGCUUUGUGCCAUGGCGCUUACCUUCUGGUACGGUGGUCAGCUGCUAGCGUCUAGAGAGUAUGAGCCGGUUUCCUUCUUUGUUGUGUACAUGUCUAUCAUUCUCGGCGGACAACAAGCGGGCCAAUUCUUUAGCUAUGGACCUAAUAUCGCCCAGGGCACUGCUGCAGCGAACAGAAUUCUCGACUUCCGCCCAGAUUUGAGCCAUUCAGAAAAGGACUCUGAAAAGCUCAAGAUCGAUACAGCUAUUCGAACUGGGGCUCAUAUCGAAUUUCAAAAAGUUGCCUUCAAGUAUGCUUCACAGGAGGACCCAUUGUUCACCGGCCUCGAUGUCACCAUUGAAAGUGGCCAGUUUGUUGCAUUCGUCGGCGCCUCGGGCUGCGGGAAAACGACCGUUAUCUCGAUGCUUGAGCGAUUUUACGAUCCUUACAAAGGGAAUAUUUUCCUCAACAGCGAAAAUAUCACAUCGAUGGAUACAACCUCAUACCGUCGAUCCUUGUCGCUGGUAGCACAAGACCCAAGGCUUUUCGAGGGCACAAUUCGAGACAACAUUACGCUUGGACUCGACCCAUCAGAAUACACCGACGAAGAGUUGGUUCAGGCAUGUACUGAUGCCGAGAUCCAUAACUUCAUUACAUCCCUGCCUGAGGGAUACUCCACAGAUCUAGGAAUAAAAGCACAGACAGCAUUGAGUGGUGGACAGCGCCAGAGACUUUGCAUAGCACGUGCAUUGUUACGAAAACCUACCUUGUUGCUUCUAGACGAGGCAACAUCCAGUCUCGACUCGCAGUCUGAAAAGGUUGUCCAGGGUGCCCUUGAACGUCUAGCGGCACGGAGGAGUAUGACGAUUGUCGCGGUUGCGCACAGACUGGCAACUAUCCAGAAAGCAGAUAUCAUUUUCGUCUUUGGUGAGAGUCAGAAUGGAAAUGGGUCUAAGAUCGUCGAAAGGGGGUCACACCAGGAAUUACUCCGCAACAAGGGGAUGUACUGGCAAAUGUGUCAAGCAAACGGACUGGAUAUGUGA